AUGCGCUCCGUUUUGCUUAAUCGAUCGCUUCAAGCGCUAGCUUUAAAGCGCCGCGUAGCACCUCUUUUGCGUCGAGCGUUCUCAUCACUACCUGAAGGCGUAUCCCCUCUUACAAUGCCAUCUCUUUCACCCACGAUGGAGACAGGAUCAUUAUCUGCGUGGUUAAAAAAAGAGGAUUAUGAAAUGCAAGAUGAUGCUGUUUUGGCCAAGAUUGUGUGCCCUGAGGGCUCUACUGACUUGCCAAUCGGUGCCCUGCUCGCCUACACUGUGGAAGAUCUGGAUAUAUACAACGGUUUGCUUCAGAGUGGAGACCUAGCCAACCUUUCAGAUGAAGCCAUGCCUUCUUCAAAGCCUGAAGAUAACCGUGAGUCUAAUCCAAUUACAUCUCCAGCACCUGCUGCAGUGUCGACGAACAACGGUCGUGUCCCUUUAAUCAAGUUUAAAGGCAAGCGUGCAUUGCUUCCCGAGUUCAACCAUUCGCCUUUGGAGAAGGCGAUGAAACCAAAAGAAAAGCUUUUAACUGAACAAGCUGUGGCUAUCGCAGAAGACGUUGAAUAUGAAGACUUCCCGCUAUCGAAUAUGCGCAAGAUCAUUGCUAAACGGCUUGCAGCUUCUAAGCAAGACGUACCCCACAGCUAUACGAGUAUUGACUGCGAGAUCGACAGCACCCUUGAAUUCCGUAGACAGCUUAAAGUCAAACACGACGUGAAGGUCGGGAUAAACGAAUUCGUCCUCAAGGCUGUGGCACUCGCGUUGCGUGACGUUCCUGAGGCUAAUUGUUUCUUUGAUGUCAAGACUCAGAGUUUAAAGCCAAAUUCGAGCGUUGAUGUGUCUGUGGCUGUAGCUACACCUUCAGGACUCAUUACCCCAAUCGUACCAAAAGUGGAUGUUCUUGGCCUCAGCAGUAUCAACAGCAUAUUUAUGGAGCUUGUGUCCCGCGCGCGCCAGAAUAAACUUAAGCCUGAGGAGUUUCAAGGCGGCUCAUUUACCGUUUCUAACCUUGGAAGCUUUGGUAUUGAUCAAUUUCGAGCUGUAAUAAAUCCACCUCAGGCCUGCAUUUUGGCCGUAGGAAGUGGUCGCAAAGAAAUUCUUCCGCCUCGUGAGAUUGCAAUAGGCGCCGACCCAGAGCCACGGCUGGUAACGCUUAUGAACGUGACGCUAUCGUCCGAUCGUCGCGUGGUUGACGAUGUGAUUGCUGGCCAAUUCUUACAGGUGUUCAAAACUUAUAUGGAAAACCCAGAACUUAUGGUCUUGUAA